AUGUGGCAUUCGAAGGCUAAAUUUCAACGCUCAUGUAUGACGUUUCUGUCAUUGACAUUUCUCACAUCAACAACAAUAAACGCUGCACAGUUAUGCCCUGUGUUGAUUUUACCCGAACAUGGAUUUUUCUUUUCGGGUUAUUGUAAACGAGAUUCCGGUUCAUUAUGUGGCGUUGGAUGUUUAACUGGUUAUCGUAUGAUUGAUGGAGAUAGUUUUCGUGAAUGUCAACAAGACGGAACGUGGACAGGACAACAACUAAAAUGUGAAGAAAUUCGUUGUUCUCCAUUAAAAAUGAGUACUCAAACGACUCAAGAAUGUUCUCCCACGCAGAAUACUAGUAGCUUUAGAGUUGGUACAAAAUGUCGAGCAAAAUGUAGUGCAACUGGACAUCGAUUAAUUGGGCCUUCUACACGUGAAUGUCUAAGUUUAGGCAUAUGGUCAGGUUAUGAACAAUCUUGUAUUGUUAGUACUGAAACAACAAUAACAAAAGUAAAAACUACAACAACAGCAACAACAAUAAAUAAACUCUCAACAACAGCUAUUCAACGAUUUCGCGAUUAUUCAAAUUUCGCGUUAAGUAUUAAUAAAAAUGAUACAGGCAUUGUCGUACCAUUGGUUCAACCAUCACAAUUUACUAUUAUAUUUUGGUUCUAUCUAAACAAUGGUGCGAAUGUUUCCCUUAUUUCAUUACGUGAGGAUGAUGAUAAAAAGCAAUUUGAAAUAAUUAUACGAGAAAAUAGACUUGUUUUUUAUUAUUUAUCUCGCAAUCAAACUCAACCGACAUUAAUAAAAAUUCCUAUAUCAAAAUGGAAUCAUUUUGCAUGGACGUAUUCGAAAAAAGCUCAGCAGUCCUAUUUAUAUAUUGAUGGUACACGUCAACAAUCGUUUGAUUUUAAAAUAACAAAUCUAAAUUUUGAAAAUAUUUCAUCAUUGGUUUUAUUUCAUCGAACAUUUCAUGGACUUAUGACAAGAUUGGAAAUUUGGAAAGAAAUAAUCUCGGAGCAAAAAGUAUUGAUUAGCUAUCGUGAUUGUAGAAAACAAAAUGGUGAUGUUUUUUCAUGGACAAAAAUAUCAGAUCGACUUUCAUUCGACGCUGAUAAAUUGAAAACAUCGUCAUUCUGUUCUGGAUGUUCGGAACCUGCAUCGAUUUCAGGUGGAAUGUAUAAUGUAUCUGAUUAUGAAGUUGGCUCAUCUGUAGAAUAUAAAUGUAAUUAUGGUUAUGAAAUGAUUGGUUCUGAUCGUAUUUAUUGUAUGGUACCAUCGGAAUGGUAUCCACUACCACCGAUUUGUCAACAUAAUCCAUGUACAUCGAAUUGUGGGCAAUGUGACAAAAAUUCAGGUGUUUGUUUAAGACAACAAAUUAAAUUAGAUUCUCCUUCUACCGAAUGUGAUCCACCCUGUGAUGACGAUGAAGAAUGUAUUGAUGGUGAAUGUGCUUGGUCGAAUCUCGGUGACAAAUGGAUGUUAACAGCAGAUGAUACUAUUUGUAAUCCGCCAUGUCCAUUAGGUGCACGAUGUAUCAAUCGACGAUGUGAACCUAAUCUGGCGCCUUCUUGUUCAGUCCCGUGUAGACCUGGUCAACUAUGCAUUGAUAGUCGAUGUGGCUGCUAUAAAGGUUUAUGUGAAAAUGGUCGUGACUGUUUUGAAAUUUGUGACAUAGGUGAAAAUUGUCAUAAUAGAUCAUGUAGUUGUGGUGUUCGCGGUAAAUGUGGCAAAGGAGAAAUAUGCCUAUCCGAUGUUUGCAUGUGUGGUACACGACGUGGCGGUUGUUCUUUACAGGAAAGCUGUGUAAAUGGAAAAUGUAUUCGAAAGACAAAUCAAUGUAAUAAUACAUGUAAAUCGAAUGAAAUUUGUAUCGAUGGAAAAUGUGUUUGCAAAGAACAAUGUGAAAAAGUAUUUUGUCCAUUUCCUUGUUUGAAUGGAGGACGAUGUACAGGUUUUUAUCAAUGUACAUGUCGACAAGAUUGGAAAGGUCAUCGAUGUGAACAACGUCAAAGAAAAAAUAUAACUUUAUCUUAG